AUGGCCAUGUUCAGCCAAAAUCCCGUCCUGAACGGGCCGAACUACUCGUUCGCAGAGGUGCCUCGAGACCGAGUCGAUGGCCUGCGAGAACACCGCUUCAACCCCUACACCGACAACGGUGGUUCGACCCUCGCCAUUACCGGCGCCGACUUCGCCAUUGUGGCUGGUGACACCCGUCUGACCUCCGGCUACAGCAUCAACACUCGCUACGCACCCAAAGUUUUCAAGAUCGGCGGCACCAACUCGAACCAAUCCGAUGCCACGCUUCUUCUUUCGGUGGUCGGCUACGCCGCCGAUGGCGAGGCCCUGAAGGAGCGCCUCGACGCCGUCUGCAAGAUGUACCGCUACCGUCACAACAAACCCAUGUCGGUCAACGCAUGCGCGAAGCGCCUUUCCACCAUUCUUUAUCAGAAGCGCUUCUUCCCCUACUACGUGCACGCCAUCCUGGCGGGGCUGGAUGAGGAGGGCAAGGGCGCCGUCUACAGUUACGAUCCCGUGGGCAGCUACGAGCGCGAGCAGUGCAGGGCAGCCGGCGCGGCGGCCAGUCUGAUCAUGCCGUUUUUAGACAACCAAGUCAACUUCAAGAAUCAGUACCAACCGGGAAGCGGAGAGGGUCAUGCGCUGGCGGAGCGGGAGAAGGCACCGUUGCCGAGGGAGGAGGUCGAGAUUCUGGUCAAAGAUGCGUUUGACUCGGCGGUGGAGCGGCAUAUUGAGGUUGGUGAUGGCUUGCAGAUGAUGAUCAUUACGUCAUCCGGGAUUGAGGAGAAGCUUCUACCACUGAAGAAAGAUUAA